UAUGCAAACGGCGACGUUUACCAAGGAAACUGGAAGGCCAAUCUACAAGAUGGCAACGGACGUUACGUGUGGAGCGAUGGGAAUGAGUAUGUAGGAGAGUGGAAGAAUGGUGUUAUCUCUGGGAAAGGAGCCAUGACCUGGGCUAAUGGAAACCGUUAUGAUGGGCUAUGGGAAAAUGGAGCCCCGGUUGGGAAAGGGGUGUUGAGUUGGGGUGAGGAGAAGACUAGUAAUAGCGUGUGGGGGAGAAAGAGCAAGAGGAAAGAUGAUGAGAUUGUGCAACAUCAUAAGCUCUCUUCAGUUGAAGCUUUGUCAAUGAAUACUAAUUUCCCGAGGAUUUGUAUAUCGGAGUUGGAGGAUACUAGCUUGUCUGAUCAUGUUGAGGCGAGUCCGUAUACGAGCGAGUCAGAUACAAGCGGAUGCGGAGAGCAUGAAUGGGCAAGAAGUCCUUUGCUUUUAGAGAGUGGUGGUGUCAUGAGUUUGCAACAAAGUCCAAGAUGGUUGGAUGAAGGAGAUUGUAAGAAACCAGGGCAUACGGUUACAGCCGGACAUAAAAACUAUGAUUUAAUGUUAAAUCUACAACUUGGGAUUAGGUACUCUGUCGGGAAACAUGCUUCCCUUUUGAGGGAACUUAGGCAUUGUGAUUUUGAUCCCAAGGAUAAGCAAUGGACCAGGUUUCCCCCGGAAGGCUCUAAAUCUACGCCUCCCCAUCUAUCCGUUGAGUUCAAAUGGAAGGAUUAUUGCCCUAUUGUGUUUAGGCAUUUGAGAGACUUAUUUGCGAUAGAUCAAGCAGACUACAUGCUCGCUAUUUGCGGAAAUGAAUCUCUUCGAGAAUUUUCUUCGCCUGGAAAGAGUGGUAGCUCCUUUUACUUGACUCAAGAUGAACGCUUCAUGAUCAAAACAAUGAAAAAAUCCGAAAUUAAGGUAUUGCUUAAGAUGCUUCCAAAUUAUUACGAGCAUGUUUCCAAGUACAAGAACUCUUUGGUCACUAAGUUCUUUGGUGUGCAUUGCGUCAAACCAGUAGGAGGACAAAAGACUCGGUUCAUAGUGAUGGGCAAUCUGUUUUGUUCGGAGUAUCGUAUACACAAACGAUUUGACUUGAAAGGUUCGUCACACGGCCGUACUAUUGACAAGGAUGAAGGUGAAAUCGACGAGACCACAACACUCAAAGACUUAGAUCUCAAGUAUGUGUUUCGACUCGAGACGUCAUGGUUUCAAGCCUUCAUCAACCAAAUCGAUAUCGACUGUGAGUUCCUUGAAGCUGAAAGAAUUAUGGACUAUAGCCUCUUGAUUGGUCUCCAUUUCCGUGAAUCUGGCUUGCGUGAUGACAUUUCCUUGGGCAUCGGUCGAAGAGAUCAGGAGGACAAAUUGAUGAGAGGGUAUAAUUCACUUCCAAAUAUGGACUCUGUCAUCCAAACUUGUAACGGACCCUUAAUGAGACUAGGAGAAAGUACACCGGCAAAAGCAGAGCAGGUGAGAAAAUUUGGGGAGGAGUCAUGGGAAGAAGACGACAUUGACAACACAAAUCUUAGGAGUACGAAGAAAGAGGUCAUUGAGGUGAUCCUUUAUUUCGGUGUUAUUGACAUUCUUCAAGACUAUGAUAUCACCAAAAAACUAGAGCACGCCUACAAGUCACUCCACGCAGAUCCCACUUCCAUUUCAGCUGUUGAUCCUAAGCUUUAUUCCCGAAGGUUUAGAGACUUCAUAAACAAAAUAUUCAUUGAAGACAAAUGAAAAUGGAACUAACAUGCAAAACCUACACAAGUUCAAAGAAGAAGAACUUUACUGUACAACAGAAUCUAAGGCAUGGGGUUUGGCAUUUAUUUUUUUGGGGUUUUGAAUGUCAAAUUAAAACUUAGAGGCCCCUAAAUACGAUUAGAUCGCACGGCACCCCGCAAUGUUGCUCGAAACCAAGAUGUUGAAGAGGUUGCCCGCUGUUUUGAGAUGAAUUUUUGGGGUUUACUCAUUUUGUAAAGAGGAAGAGAGUUCGGUGCUUCCCUCUCUUCCUCGAAAGCUAGUGUAGAUAUUAGGACAAUGCUUCUUGAUUUUAUUGUUAAUUAUAUGGUGAGCCGAGCUGACAAAAUCUACAUGGACAAAGAGUAAUUAAACGUUUUUUGCA